CCUCCUUUCACUAGCAUUUCUUUAUUCAUUCAAUUUUGAUUCUCAAGCCCUUUCAUUCUUAUAAAAGCAAGUUAAACCCCAUCACUCACCUUCUAUCUUCACAUACAUCGGAAUCUAUCCUUCCAUAUCUUAAUUCUAAAUCAAAAACCCAUCACCAUAAAUUUGAACAUUACAAUAAUUUUUUUUUAAUAAAAACAAAAAACUAAAACCAACAAUGUCAUUUAAGAUUGUUGCCACUUUCAUAAUUAAUCUUAAUUUUUUUCUUCUAUUUUCUGUACUUUCUUAUCAAAUUAAUGCAGAAAUUGCUUCUAAUGACCAUGAAAUUCUUCUUAAAGUAAAAAAUUCCUUGUUAAACCCCAUUAAUGGCGGCCAUGGCCUCCAUGAUUGGACCUCUGAUAAACCUUACUGUAACUUCUCUGGCGUUUCAUGUAACGCUGAUUCUCGUGUCGUUUCGCUCAAUAUUUCCAUGACCCCACUUUUCGGAAAAAUACCCUCAGAAAUUGGCUUACUUACCAAGCUAGAAAAUCUUACUCUCACCUGGAAUAGUCUUGCCGGAAAGUUACCCGUCGAAAUCUCAUCCCUAACCUCUCUUAAAUACCUCAACAUCUCAAAUAACAAUAUCUCCGGUCAAUUUCCCGGCGAGAUUUUCGCCAAUAUGUCGGAGCUGGAAUAUUUGGACGUCUAUAAUAACAACUUCAGUGGAGCUCUUCCAAUGGAGAUUUCUCAAUUGAAGCGGUUAUCGUAUCUUCAUCUAGGCGGGAAUUUUUUCUCCGGAGUAAUUCCGGCUAGUUAUUCUGAGAUUUCUUCUCUUAAAUAUCUUGCUUUGAACGGUAAUUCACUUACUGGCGAAAUUCCGGCGACUUUGAAUAAACUGAAGAAUUUAACUAAGCUUUAUUUAGGUUAUUACAACUCAUUUACCGGUGGAAUUCCACCGGAAUUCGGUUCACUGACAUCGUUACAGCUUUUGGAUAUGGCGAGUUGUAAUCUCUCCGGUGAAAUUCCUAAAUCAUUCGGGAAUUUGAAAAAAGCUCAUACUCUGUUCUUGCAGAGAAAUCAACUUUCUGGCGAGUUACCUUCUGAGCUUUCAUCAAUGGGGAGCUUAAUGUCGUUAGAUUUGUCUACUAAUUUCCUCACGGGAGAAAUACCUGAGAGUUUUUCUCUCCUCAAGAAUCUCACUCUUUUGAGUCUAUUCCACAACAAAUUCUAUGGAAAAAUUCCUUCUGGUAUUGGAGAUUUGCCUAAUCUUGAGAAAUUACAACUUUGGGGCAACAAUUUCACUCUUGAACUUCCGCAAAAUUUAGGUUCAAAUGGAAAGUUGAUUACAGUCGAUAUUUCUGAUAAUCGGAUCACCGGAAAUGUUCCUAAGAGCCUCUGUAAUGGCGGAAAAUUGGACCUUCUGAUUCUGUUUGAUAAUGCUUUGAUUGGUGAAUUUCCGGAAGAAAUCGGCGAUUGUCAGUCAUUGACUCGGCUUCGAAUUUCAAAAAAUCAAUUUUCCGGUGAAUUUCCGGCUGGAAUAUUGAACUUGCCGAAAUUAACAACCGUUGAACUCAAUGAUAAUUUAUUCUCCGGCUCAAUUCCUGCGGAGAUUUCGGGCGUACAAAUAAGCGAGCUAGUUUUAUCGAACAAUUUAUUCACCGGAAAAAUUCCGCCGGCCAUCGGGAAUUUGAGAAGCUUGAGCACGUUAUCAUUGUUCAAUAACCGAUUAACCGGUGAAAUUCCAGCGGAAUUGUUUGGGCUAAGUCAAUUGCAGAAUUUGAAUCUUAGCGCCAAUAAUUUUGAAGGUAAAAUUCCAUCGGAAAUUGGCCGGUGCAAGUCCUUAAUCCAAGUUGAUUUCAGCCGGAAUAAUCUGGGCGGAGAAAUUCCUACGUUGAUUUCUGAACUUGAAGAUCUUGCGGUUCUAAACUUGUCAAGAAAUUCUCUUACUGGUUACAUUCCCGAAGAUAUUGCUUCCAUAAGUAGUCUCACUCAACUUGAUCUUUCCUACAAUAACUUGUUUGGAAAAGUUCCUACCGGUGGCCAUUUCGACGCUUUCAUUACAUCGUGGUAUGUUGGAAACCCGAACUUGUGCUUGGGUAAUAGACAACCUUGCCAGGUGUAUAAAACACCAUCAAAGCAUCAAAUUAGCUCAUCCAAGUUGAUAAUCUUAACAAUUGGACUAAUCACAUUAGUCCUCCUAGCAUUAGUGACCUCAAUCAUUCACAAGAAAAAGUGUCAAGAGAGUUCCAAAGCGUGGAAAAUCGAGCGUUUUCAACGUGUUGAAUUUAAGGCGGAGGAUAUAAUUGAGUGUCUUAAAGAGGAGAAUGUGAUUGGUAAAGGCGGGGCAGGGAUUGUGUACCGAGGGAUGAUCCCUAAUGGUACAGAUGUGGCUAUAAAACGGCUAAUGAAUCGUGGGUCAUCAAAAAAUGACCUUGGAUUCUCAGCCGAGAUAGCCACUUUAGGAAAGAUUCGACAUCGAUACAUUGUAAAAUUGUUGGGUUACGUAUCAAACAAGGAUACAAACUUGUUGGUGUACGAGUUUAUGGCGAAUGGAAGCUUAGGGGAGAAACUUCAUGGACCAAAAGGAGCAUAUUUGCAAUGGGAGAUGAGGUAUAAGAUUGCAAUAGAGGCAGCAAAAGGGUUGUGUUAUAUGCACCAUGAUUGUAACCCAAAGAUUAUUCAUAGGGAUGUUAAGAGUAAUAAUAUACUUUUGGACUCUGAUUAUGAAGCUCAUGUUGCUGAUUUUGGGCUUGCUAAGUUCUUUUGGGAUGCUAAUGGUUCGGAGUGUAUGUCCUCUAUUGCUGGCUCUUAUGGCUACAUAGCUCCUGAAUAUGCCUAUACACUAAAAAUAGAUGAGAAGAGCGAUGUGUACAGCUUCGGAGUAGUGCUACUCGAGCUAAUAACAGGUCAAAAACCAGUAGGAGAAUUCGGUGAUGGAGUAGACAUAGUUAGAUGGGUACGAAAGAUCGAAUCUGAGAUCUCCGAGCCAUCCGAUGCAGCUACCGUCUUGGCCAUUCUCGACUCGAGGUUACACGGUUACUCGCUUUGUAGUGUGAUCAACAUGUUUAAGAUUGCUAUGCUGUGUGUUGAGGAUAAGAGCUCUAAUAGGCCUAACAUGAGGGAAGUUGUUCAUGUGCUUACUAAUCCUCCUAAACAUAUUAUAUCGACAACUAGCCUAAUUUAAUUAAGAAUUUAGAUUAAAAGGAUCACAUAUUUGUAAUGUUAAUAAUGUUCAGUCAGGAAGGGCUGGUUUAUUUUAGUUUGUGUAAUAUUUGUAUACUGAUGGUUACUGAUGCCUAUAAUUAAGUUUGGAUAUAAAAUUUAUGUAUUGUGGCCUUGUGGGUGA